AUGAAUUACCCGGGCCACGGGUCUCCGCGGAGCUCCGAGCGUAACGGGGGCCGGGGCGGCGACGGCGCCGCCUGGGAGCUGGGCUCGGACGCGGAACCGGCGUUCGGCGGCAGCGUCUGCCGCUUCGACCACCUGCCCCCCGGGGACCCUGGCGAUGACGAGGUGCCCCUGGCCUUGCUGCGCGGGGAGCCCGGGCUGCACUUGGCGCCGGGCGCGGAGGACCACAACCAUCACCUGGCGCUGGACCCCUGUCUCAGUGACGAUAACUAUGACUUCAGCUCGGCAGAGUCGGGCUCCUCGCUGCGCUACUACAGCGAGGGCGAGAGUGGAGGCGGCGGCAGCUCCUCGUCGCUGCACCCGCCUCAGCAGCCGCCGCUGGUCCCGUCGAACUCGGGGGGCGGCGGGGCGGCUGGAGGGGGCCCCGGGGAGAGGAAGCGCACCCGGCCCGGCGGCGCGGCCGCCCGGCACAGAUACGAGGUGGUGACGGAGCUGGGCCCAGAGGAGGUACGCUGGUUCUACAAGGAGGACAAGAAGACCUGGAAGCCCUUCAUCGGUUACGACUCUCUCCGCAUCGAGCUCGCCUUCCGGACGCUGCUGCAGGCCACGGGGACCCGAGCCCGGGCCCAAGACCCGGACGGCGACCAUGUGUGCGGCCCGGCCUCCCCCGCGGGUCCGGCCUCCAGCUCCGUGGAGGACGAAGACGAGGACCGCGUCUGCGGCUUCUGCCCGCGCAUUGCGGGGCACGGGCGCGAGAUGGAGGAGCUGGUGAACAUCGAGCGGGUGUGUGUGCGGGGCGGCCUCUACGAGGUGGAUGUGACCCAAGGAGAAUGCUACCCGGUGUACUGGAACCAGUCUGAUAAAAUACCAGUAAUGCGUGGACAGUGGUUUAUUGAUGGUACCUGGCAGCCACUGGAAGAAGAAGAAAGUAAUUUAAUUGAACAAGAACACCUUAGCCGUUUUAGAGGUCAGCAGAUGCAGGAAAGUUUUGAUAUUGAAGUGUCUAAACCCAUAGAUGGAAAAGAUGCUAUUCAUAGUUUCAAAUUGAGUCGAAACCACGUGGACUGGCACAGUGUGGAUGAAGUAUAUCUGUAUAGUGACGCAACAACAUCUAAAAUUGCAAGAACAGUUACUCAAAAACUGGGAUUUUCUAAAGCAUCAAGUAGUGGGACCAGACUUCAUAGAGGUUAUGUAGAAGAAGCGACAUUAGAAGACAAGCCAUCUCAGACUACCCAUAUCGUAUUUGUUGUGCAUGGCAUUGGGCAGAAGAUGGACCAAGGAAGAAUUAUCAAAAAUACAGCCAUGAUGAGAGAGGCUGCAAGAAAAAUAGAAGAAAGGCAUUUUUCCAACCAUGCAACACAUGUUGAAUUUCUGCCUGUUGAGUGGCGGUCAAAACUUACUCUGGAUGGAGACACUGUUGAUUCCAUUACUCCAGACAAAGUGCGAGGUUUAAGGGAUAUGUUAAACAGCAGUGCAAUGGACAUAAUGUAUUAUACUAGCCCACUGUAUAGAGAUGAACUAGUUAAAGGCCUUCAGCAAGAGCUCAAUCGAUUAUAUUCCCUUUUCUGUUCCCGGAAUCCAAACUUUGAGGAAAAAGGGGGUAAAGUCUCAAUAGUGUCACAUUCCUUGGGAUGUGUGAUCACUUAUGACAUAAUGACUGGCUGGAAUCCAGUUCGACUCUAUGAACAGUUGCUGCAGAAGGAAGAAGAGUUGCCUGAUGAACGAUGGAUGAGCUACGAAGAACGUCAUCUUCUUGAUGAACUCUAUUUAACAAAACGACGGCUGCGAGAAAUUGAAGAACGGCUACGUGGUUUGAAAGCAUCAUCUAUGACACAAACACCUGCCUUAAAAUUUAAGGUUGAAAAUUUCUUCUGUAUGGGAUCCCCACUAGCAGUUUUUUUGGCAUUGCGUGGCAUCCGCCCAGGAAACACUGGAAGUCAAGACCAUAUUUUGCCCAGAGAGAUUUGUAACCGAUUACUAAACAUUUUUCAUCCAACAGAUCCAGUGGCUUAUAGAUUAGAACCGUUAAUACUGAAACACUACAGCAACAUCUCACCUGUGCAGAUCCACUGGUAUAAUACAUCCAAUCCUCUACCUUACGAGUAUAUGAAGCCAAGCUUUCUUCACCCAGCAAAAGAUCCUACCUCAGUUUCAGAGAAUGAAGGCAUCUCAACAAUACCAAGCCCUGUGACUUCGCCAGUCUUGUCUCGCCGACACUAUGGGGAAUCUAUAACAAAUAUAGGCAAAGCAAGCAUAUUAGGGGCUGCAAGCAUUGGAAAGGGACUUGGAGGAAUGUUGUUCUCAAGAUUUGGACGUUCAUCUGCAUCACAGCCAUCUGAGACAUCAAGGGACUCCAUAGAAGACGAGAAGAAGCCAGUUGCCUCACCGCCCACGACUACCGUGGCAACGCAGACCCUUCCACACAGCAGUUCUGGCUUUCUUGACUCUGCAUUGGAACUGGAUCACAGAAUUGACUUUGAACUCAGAGAAGGCCUUGUGGAGAGCCGCUAUUGGUCAGCUGUCACGUCGCAUACUGCCUAUUGGUCAUCCUUGGAUGUUGCCCUCUUCCUGUUAACCUUCAUGUACAAACACGAGCACGAUAAUAAUGUGAAACCCAGUUUAGAUCCAGUCUGA